GAUCUAUCGCGGAAGAAACACCGGGCAAAUGAUGAACGAUACUUUGAAUACGAGUUCAAAGUGUUUCAUCACCGAGGGAACCCGUUGCUAAGUGUCCCUCAGAGCCGCGAGCCGCGAGCCGAGAGGCGCGCCGAAAUCUGAUCUCCUCCUCCUGCUCCUCCUCCCGCUCCUCCUCCUUCACCCGCUGCUCCUGUGCUCUGCUCCCGUUGCUGCCCACCACCACGACCGGAGCUCACAUCGUGACUGAGAGUCUGAGGGAGUACAGCUCCGUGACGCUCCCACUCUUUACUUCAGCCAGCCGGGAGAGAGAGAACAGAUCCGGGGAGACAGGAUGAAGUGGCCGGGGGACUGCGAGGCGCUCCGGGGGGUCGCGGCACUGCUGAAGACCCUGGAGAAAUGGAUUUAGCGGAGAAGGAUAACUUUGAGUCGCAGGCGUGUGAAGUCCCAUGUGAUCUGCUGUUGGAAGAUCAAUACUGGAGCUUAUAGAUCAGAGCCGAUUCCUGGAAUAACAACUUUAGCAACACCUCCAUACCAUUUCUGCGUCAUAUUUUGGGGACAUUCGGUGGGAGGUCCUCAGCAGACGCCGGUUGUCGGGGGCGAUCGCUGCGUGCGGCCGCAGCAUGUCAGCGCCGCGGGUCUGACCGGCACGGCUGCCUCCGGAGGAAUGACGACGCUCCGCCUCUUCCUCUCCCUCCUCCUCCUCCUUCCUGUGUGCGCCCUGCCCACCAUACUGCCCACAGCGCCCCCUAAAGGUGAGUCCGAGGAGGCGGGUCUGGGCGCGGACUACGUGCUGGCCGCCGGGGAGCGGCUGGUGGCCCCGUGUCUCCUGGACGAGGCGCCGCAGCCCGUGGUGUGGCUGAAGGACGGCGAGGAGCUGCGGCCGUCGGAGCGCACGCGGCCGCGGGCGCGGGCGCUCACCGUGCUCAACCUCACGCUCGCCGACUCGGGGGUGUACUCCUGCCUGCUGGCCCACGGCCACGCCCUGCUGCACAACCACACCGUCCGGGUGACCGAGUCUCUGUCUUCUGGCGAUGAUGAAGACUACGAUGAAGACCCUGGCGAUACAGGGCCACCGUACUGGAGCCGGAGGGACCGGAUGGAUAAGAAGCUGCUGGCCAUCCCGGCCGCCAACACGGUGAAGUUCCGGUGCGCGGCGGACGGGCGACCGCCGCCCACUAUCCACUGGCUGAAGAACGGCCAGGAGUUCAGCGGAGAGCAGCGCAUGGGAGGCAUCAAGUUGCGGCAGCAGCAGGGGAGUCUGGUCAUGGAGAGCGCGGUCCCGUCUGACCGGGGGAACUACACCUGUGUGGUGCAGAACCGAUACGGCACCAUCACCCACACCUACCAGCUGGACGUCCUCGAGCGGUCUCCCCACCGGCCCAUCCUGCAGGCGGGGCUGCCGGCCAAUCAGACGGUGUUGCUGGGCAGCAAGGUGGUGUUCCGCUGCAAGGUGUUCAGCGACGCCCAGCCGCACAUCCAGUGGCUGAAGCACAUCGAGGUGAACGGCAGCCGAUACGGCCCCGACGGAGGGCCCUACGUCGACAUCCUCAAGAGCCGUGUCAGCCGGCUCACGGAGGCCGUUGAUUCGCUCGUCCUCCUCAACGUGUCGCUGGGGGACAGCGGGCGCUACUGGUGCCGCGCCUCCAACUUUGUAGGAAAGUCUGAAAAUGCUUUCUGGCUCAAAGUGUUCACCACAGACCUGGAGCAGGACAAGGAGGACGACUACGCCGACAUUCUCAUCUGGGUGACGGGCUGCGUGCUCUUCAUCCUCACCAUCGUCAUCAUCGUCUUGUGCCGCAUGAGGAUGACCACACAGAAGACCCUUCCCUCGCCCCACGUGCACAAACUCUCCAAAUUCCCCCUCAAGAAACAGCAGGUAUCCUUGGAUUCCAACUCCUCCAUGAACUCCAACACGCCAUUGGUCAGGAUCGCCCGCCUAUCAUCCAGCGACGGACCAAUGCUGGCCAACGUGCUGGAGCUGGAGCUGCCCUCGGACCCCAAGUGGGAGUUCUCCCGAACCCGGCUGACCCUGGGGAAGCCUCUGGGCGAAGGCUGCUUUGGUCAGGUGGUGAUGGCCGAGGCCAUCGGAGUGGACAAGGACAAACCCAACAAACCUCUGACCGUGGCCGUCAAAAUGCUGAAAGACGAUGCUACCGAUAAGGAUCUGUCUGACCUGGUGUCGGAGAUGGAGAUGAUGAAGAUGAUCGGCAAACACAAGAACAUCAUCAACCUGCUGGGAGCCUGCACUCAGGACGGUCCUCUCUACGUCCUGGUGGAGUACGCGUCCAAGGGGAACCUCCGGGAGUACCUGCGGGCCCGGCGCCCCCCAGGCACCGACUACUCCUUCACCACCUGCAAGAUCCCCGAGGAGCAGCUCACCUUCAAGCACCUGGUGUCCUCUGCCUACCAGGUGGCCCGCGGCAUGGAGUACCUGGCCUCGCAGAAGUGUAUCCACAGAGACCUGGCCGCCCGGAACGUUCUGGUUACCGAUGACAAUGUGAUGAAGAUCGCAGACUUCGGCCUCGCCAGAGACGUGCACAACAUAGACUACUACAAGAAGACCACCAACGGCCGUCUGCCGGUGAAGUGGAUGGCUCCGGAGGCGCUGUUCGACCGGGUCUACACGCACCAGAGCGACGUGUGGUCGUACGGCGUGCUGCUGUGGGAGAUAUUCACGCUGGGGGGGUCUCCGUACCCGGGGAUCCCGGUGGAGGAGCUCUUCAAGCUGCUGAAGGAGGGCCAUCGCAUGGACAAACCGGCCAACUGCACCCAUGAACUGUACAUGAUCAUGAGGGAGUGCUGGCAUGCGGUUCCAUCCCAGAGACCGACGUUCAGACAACUGGUUGAGGACCAUGACCGAGUCCUGUCCAUGACGUCCACCGACGAGUACCUGGACCUAUCGGUGAGCUUCGAGCAGUACUCGCCGACGGGGCGCGACAGCGACAGCGCCUGCUCCUCCGGAGACGACUCGGUGUUCGCCCACGACCCCCCGCCUCAAGAGCCCUGCCCCCCCGCCUCACCGCCUAGCAACGCUGUCAUCAGGACUUAAGCCCCGCCCCUUACCCAGUCACGCUAGCACCGCUGGCGCUCCACCUCUUCCUCCACGUCUUCCUCUUCCUCUUCUUCCUCUACAAAGAUGAGAUCUAUUUUUAUACUGGGCCAGUUUUCCAUUAGAGUCUGUGGGAUCCAACCAUUCCAUGGCGAGGUGUGUGUCACUUCCUGUUGAGGAGGAAGUGACCUCACAGCAGGAAAUGAAGACCAUUGGUCAGUUGCUGACCAGUGAUCCUGGGCAUUGAGCUGUGUUUAAUAUGAUAUAUUGGUCAGUACUUCAGUUCAUACGCAUUGAGUAGCGCAAGAUUCCUCCAAUCAGAAGCCCGGACAGUAGAAUCCAGUCUCCAAUGUUUACAACAGACCGGACUCGAGGCGGCUAACUGGGCUAGCAUGCGUUCAGAAGAACAUUACCAAAUACCAUCAAACCAUCUGUGAACUUCAUGGAAGAACCUUUCAGGGCUGUACGUAAAAGCUAUGGUUUGAGUUUUUGUAUCUAGAAAUGGAUUUUAUUGUAAAUAUAUAAAUGCAAGGAUGUAUCAUAUUGCUUUUCACAGAAAUGUACUUAAAACGUAAAAAACACAUUGUCUAGAAUUCUAGAACACACUGUCACGGGAGACAUGUAAUCCUUUUAAGUCACGCAAAAAGUUUAUUUGAAUAAUUAACGUGUAUAUUUGUAAAGGUAUUUAUAGACUUGACAUGUUUGAAAGAUCUAGUUUAGAAUUUAGAUACUGUAAGCAAAGAUUUGUCUUUCUUUUUUUAUAACUUAUUUUACAGUAGAACUGCAAGUCUUCAGAUUUAACAUUUGUCUGUUUUUGUUUGUUUAUUGUCAAGAAAAAAGAAUGUAUGAUAUGUAUACAAAGAGGAUGUUCACAUACCGUUUGGCUGUCCUCCAAGGUAGACGCUCCAAAUGAUUAUUUUUCCACCGUAAAGUUUUCACUUUAGCAAUGUCAACUCUAAGCUGAUAUCUGGCAGGGCAGGUCCUCCUGCUGCCAUUGAGGCCUUCCUGUCUCCACCAAGUGCUCCAUCCAUCCCUACAGUGUGGUCUCUUCAACAGGGUAUAUGAUUCGAAGGGUGGUGGAUCCACUUCAUCCUAACAGAGUGGUGUCUUUAACAGGGUAGUUGUCGCUGGCCAGUGAAGGGUUGUGUCUUCAACAGGGUAGACGUCAUUGGCCUGGGAGGUCAGUGACGUUCGGGCUUCCAGAGAGAAAGCUGUCAUUGUCGGAUAGCACUUCAGCGAGCCUUAGGCCGCUGUGGUCGUUAGUUAAUAGAGUAUCCUACAUGUCUUAACAGAAGGCUGCACGGUUUAUUCUCACCUUAGCCAAAUGUAGGCUGGGUUCUUCCACAUUAUAAAUGUCUUCCUCACAAAAGAUAAUUUGUUCACCAAACGUGUUGUUAGUUGUCACGUGGCUAGCUUGAAGUUGUAGAAAAGGAGAACAUUCUAGAAGCUACGGGACACAAGAUGUCUCCACCUUUGUGUAGCAGAACGUCAGUAGGGGUGAAGAAGCUAGGAGUGCUAACUGUACGCCCUGGGGGUGAACUGGGGACAGGGGUAUUAUUCAAAUGAAGGAUCGCUGUUAUUUCACAGCAAAUAAGAGUAAGGAUUUUAUGAAAGCAGAAUCUGAAACAUGUAUCAUGUGGAUGUAAGGCUUUCUCAUGCUGAGUUUGUUGAAUCAAGUGCCAAAUUAGUCUUAGAGUUUCUGUUUCUUUAGCAUCUUCUACCGGUUGGUCAGAAUAGAAAUUCUGGGGGUUUGUGAUGGCCAAGCAACAUCGCACCUUUAUUCUAAUGAUGAACCAUUAGCUAAUAUGGAUAAUUAGAGGACGGAAGGUUUAGGAGGCAGGCAGACUGGAUGAGUUUCGGGCCCCAGACUAUGAAGUGCCUGUACAGUAGAACGGGGAGAUAGCCGACACUGUCAUUGUGUUCUGUGCUGUAUGUACGAUCAGAGCAGACAGCUUUAAUCACGAUAAGAACUCUUUUGCUUUAGCGACGAGAUGGUAGAAAAGACGCUGGUCUGUCUCUCUGUCUCUCUUUCUGUCCGUCCAUCUCUCUAUAUGUCUGUCUCCCUCUCUGUCCGUCUCCCUCCCUCUCUGUCCGUCUCCCUCCCUCUCUGUCUGUCAGACUCUCUGUCUAUCUGUCUGUCUGUCUGUCUGUCUCCUGGGGUUUAUGUUUAGGUGAGGUCAUGUUAAUUACAUCCAGUUACUUCAGGUCGACACUUGUGAUGAAAUGUUUUAGGAAAGUCCAAAGUCUACGUAAGAAGAUGAGUUUAGGUGGAUCUUACUGGUUUAUGGACUGGUUAAACCAUCAGCAGCUUACUGGUUAAUGGACUGGUAAACUAUCAGCAGCUUACUGGUUUAUGGACUGGUUAAACCAUCAGCAGCUUACUGGUUAAUGGACUGGUAAACCAUCAUAAACGUACUGGUUAAUGGACUGGUUAAACCAUUAGCAGCUUACUGGUUGAUGGACUGGUAAACCAUCACAACCAUUUGGUUUCAGUUUGCUUUUGAAUCUUAGAUCAUGUUUUGUUUAUUUUAUGUCGUUGCAGGUACAGCCCCGGCAGAGUUCUUAAUAUUAAUUUAUAGUUGAGAUAAAGUUGUAUGUAGACAUGUUUUUCAGUCUUACAGAGGUGGUGUAAACCACAUGGAGUCUGGACUCGAUCUUUUGUUUCUUUUUUCAUUCCACUUCCAGCUAGUGCAGACUUGAAAUCCAGAACUCUCUACAUUAUUUGUAUGAUUAUUAUUUUUAUCAGCGAAGACUUUGAUUCGAUUUUAUUUGUCCAGUGUUCAUGUUUCGAAUAAAGCGUUGGAGCGAU